AUGCAAGUGGAAGCUCUUGCCUUAGCGAACGAGCAUCCACCAGAUCCCGCGCCUUCAAAUGUUAUGAUUCAGCGACCAGUUCAUAAUCACCAAGUCUUAGUAAGACAAGUGGCUGUCUACCCUGCUCCUCUGCAGCAAUUUCCACGCCAAAAUGAAAGAAUAAACUUGGAUUUUAUUCCGCACAUGCACAAUUGGGCUCCUGCUCCACACGCAUUUGCGCACAUGCCACCCUGCGGGGUUUUCAUGCCUUUGCCCCCACAUUUCUUCCCCGCACAAGCGCCAAUGUAUGGCUUUUCGCUUCCGGCACCAACACCACUCUAUGCAGUUCCACCAUUACCACAGCAUCCGUAUGGAUUAACAAUUCCAGUUAUUUAUAAUCCAUAUAAUGUUCAAGAAGUUCUGAAUCAAGUGCAACCGCUGCACGCUCCUGCACAUCGUGAAAACAAUAAUGAGCAAAAUCUGAAUGCUUCUCCGGACUUAGAUCAAGGGCCGCUAGUAGACCGAUUCCAAAUCGUAUAG